CACCCCGCCAGGCCCGCCGACAUCUGCUGCGUGUCCGGUUCCGCUCUCCGCGCCCCCGCUGCAGUCGGCGCUGCCUCGAUGUUCCAGUUGCCCAUCUUGAAUUUCAGUCCCCAGCAAGUGGCCGGGGUAUGCGAGACUCUGGAGGAGAGCGGCGACGUAGAGCGCCUGGGUCGCUUCCUCUGGUCGCUGCCCGUGGCCCCUGCGGCCUGUGAGGCCCUCAACAAGAAUGAAUCGGUGCUGCGCGCGCGAGCCAUCGUGGCCUUUCACGGCGGCAACUACCGCGAGCUCUAUCAUAUCCUGGAAAACCACAAGUUCACCAAGGAGUCGCACGCCAAGCUGCAGGCGCUGUGGCUCGAAGCGCAUUACCAGGAGGCUGAGAAGCUGCGUGGACGGCCCCUGGGGCCGGUGGACAAGUACCGCGUGAGGAAGAAGUUCCCGCUGCCGCGCACCAUUUGGGACGGCGAACAGAAGACACACUGCUUCAAGGAGCGCACGAGGCAUCUGCUACGGGAAUGGUAUCUGCAGGACCCAUACCCUAACCCCAGCAAAAAGCGUGAGCUCGCCCAGGCAACCGGACUGACCCCUACGCAGGUGGGCAACUGGUUCAAAAACCGCCGACAAAGGGACCGGGCGGCUGCAGCCAAGAACAGGUCGGUACCUAGAGGCCUACGCUCCUUGCGCUCACCCUGGUGGGUCGGGCGAAGGCGCCCCAGGGGCCCUUUCCCAGGGCCCAGCGACUUGGAUCCGAAGGAGUUGAGAGCUCAGUCUGUCUUCAGUUAUGAGCCCACUGCGUUCUGGGAUCCUGGGCGGGCGGCCAACAACCGCGAACGAACCUGUGAGCCCAGCAUCUCAGAUGGGGAGCCCAGAAAGGAUUCAGAAGAAGGAUGGGACAACUGCUGGGCUACUUGGAGAGGCGGCCAGCUGUGGAAUCCUUCCUGGCUUCCGUUGCCUCACUUUUCCUACUUUAACUGCCGGGGUCUGUGGGAGAUCCGCUAG